AUGUUCAGUUCUGAACAGGCAUGUGUCAACACAACCAAAUAUGCGGACGGUUGCACCAUAGAUACGUCCAUAAGAACAGGAGAAUCUAGCGAUUUGCAAAGCGCUCUGGACUCAGUGCAAAGUUGGGCUGUGGAAAAUAAGAUGGAACUGAAUGCCAAAAAGACAAAAAAUAUGUGGAUUAACUUCACCGAAGCACCGACCCCUCUACCACUGCAUAUAGGAGAUGCUAUCAUAGAAAGAGUCGAUAAUUUCAAACUCUUGGGAACCUGGUUUCAAAAGGAUCUGAAAUGGAAUAAACAUGGCGAAGAGACCACUCGCAAAGCAGCUAAAAGCCUGUACUGCCUAAGAGAAUGUAAAAGAGCGAACCUACCAGUCGAAGUGGAUCUCACCACUUAUUUAACUAAAAUCAGGCCUGCCUUGAAUAUUGUUCUCCAGUGUGGGGUGGUCUGCUCGAUAUCUAAAGGACGAAUUGGGACGUGUGCAAAGGAGGAGUCUACGAAUUAUUGGCCUCCCGCAUGGUUACCUGCCAACUCUCUAAGAGAGAAGAAUUGA